CUGACAGAUAAUUUUGACAUUUCGUAAGUAAAAAUAGGUUUUUGGAAAUUUUAAAAUAAAAUAAUGGCAUCUGCCUUAAAAUUUUCAUCUCGUUUAAAAGAAUUAAGAAUUCAUUUAUGCCAAACUGGUGCAGCCAGUAAAGGCGUGAGGGAAUUUAUUGAACAACACUAUGUAGAAUUAAAGAAAUCAAACCCAAAAUUUCCAAUUUUGAUUAGAGAAUGUUCCGGAAUACAACCCAAAUUAUGGGCUAGGAUGGAAAGAGGAAAGGAAGAAUCUGUUUCCUUAAAGGAUUUGUCAGCUUCUGAUGUUUUAAGCAGAAUUUCUGCUGUAGCAAAGUAAAUAUUUGGUAAUUUUGUAAAUAGGUAAUAA